GUCUGUGAUCAGAGCCGUGAUUAAUAGUCGGUGGUUUUGGCAGUCUUAAAUAUUAUUGGUCAGUUAUUUUGUGUUUUUGAAGCUGUUCUUUGAGUUGUUGUUGGUAUGUAUGUUUGAAGGUGGUUGUGACUGUGUUGUUGAAUUUGUUAUGAUUAUGAGUUGUGUUGUGUUGUAGGUGAGCUGUUGAAUGUUGUUGUUGGUGAGUAGUUGUGGUUCCUUGGAGUUGUGGGCGGUGUGUUGACUUGUCGUGUUAUUGGUUUUUGGUACUGAUAAUGAUUAUUUGUGCAGUGGUCUUUUGUUGUAAAGUUAUUGAAUUGUUGUGUGGUUGUUGUCCUUGUUCGGUUUGUGUAUUGCUACAAGGGCUAGCCUAGCCUAGCCUAGCUAUACCUAUCCAGUGGACAGCAGAGCAGCUCCUCACCCUGAGUGUGUGAAGUUUCGCCGUCACCCAGCUGGAACUACGAUAUGGUUUACAACUCAGGCAGAGGAAGUGGUCGUCUUCCAAGCCUGGAAGCACCUGAGGAGCACGCGCGUAUGUUCCAGACUUCUCCAGCAGACCUUCGAGGAGUCAAUUAUUCCAAGAUCAAAGAGAAGAACCGACACAGCAAUGCUACAAUAGAAAAGGUGACGUUUUUACCAGUACUGGAUGAUGGUGACCUGCACCCGAUGCCAUAUUAUGUCACUGCUGAAAUUGCUUUUCCAGCCCUGGCCGAAGUGCCAUGGAUGGCGGAUGAGAAGAGGAGGAUGAAAGCGCAGGUGGAGAGAUUCAACAGAGAUACGAGGCUUCAAAAGGAUCUUCUCGAUGAGAUCGUCGGAGACACUAUUCAAGAUGAGAUCGUAGCCAUUGCCUCCAUCACUCUCGAGGAAAGCAAAUAUCAGGAAGGAGUAGAUAGAAAUGUUGUUGGUAUCGUUGAAGAGGUCUUUGUCAUGCCAGAAAUACAGUUCCAAGUCUACCUGACUGUUUGGUCCUUGCUCUAUGACAUGGGAAGAGGACUUUCACAGGAGGAGUUCCUCAAACUUAAGAAAAGGGAAAACGAACUUUCUUUGGAACCCGUUGCUAAACAAGCUCUACUGCAUCAUGUUCUUGAGGGAGCUGACUGGGCACAUGACUUGAAACAAGAGAGGAUCUUAUCUGAAAUCUCAUGGGACAAAUUGGUGUAUAACUAUCACAAAAAUCAGCAGGAAAACGCCCUGGCUAAGAACACUGCGAUGCAAGUUUUACAGGAGAGGCUAGUCACUGAGGCAGCAGGGACAGAGCUAGUUAAUGAACUUCUGGGUCAAUUGGAGGAAGAUUACGCCAAAUUUGACGAAAUGGAGAAAAUAACAACGCCUCCAAGACAAGGGUAACCCUCGUCUCACACACCUCAAAUUAGAUUGCCUGAUAAUGAAGGAUAAUUGAUAAAUAAGGAAUAAUGAUGAAUUUAAUAUAUUUAUGGAGGAAACACAUUUUUGUGUUUUCCUUACAAGUACUAUUAUUUUAAUUUCAUAGCAGUGUAUAUCUAGGAGGGUAUAUUUGACAUUUUGCUUCUAUAGCGGUGUCUUUUUGGUUUGAAAUAUACUCAAAAGUUUUGUGGAUGUCCAAACUAAUCAAAGUUAACCUUUUCCAAGUUUGAUGAGUGCUGUUUUGUCGAGUGUCUGGUAGCCAGAUUUUAUUGUUUGAUCAUAGCUGGUUGAUGUUUUGGGUCUCUACAUCUGUAUUUGAAAAAAUCUAAGUGAUUUUUUUUGUCUUUGGUUUUACUCAUCUACUUUAUUUCAGUGACAAUAU